GGCACUGAUGAACCUUUCUUGUUGUUGAGACGUCUGUUUCCAGUUAGCUUGCUUAUUUAAAUGAUAAACAAAACAACAUAGCCCCCGGUAUGCAGGAAACCAUGGAGCCCAAAGCUGCAAUACCAGCAGCAGCUCUCCCACUGUUUUCUCCCAUCCCUCCUCUUCUUAUCCCAUCUUUCCUACUGCCUUUAUAUUGCCAUGGCCAUCCCCACUUUAUCAUCAAGCUCACCAAGGCAGACAACUUUGUUGCACUAAGAUCUUCUUCAGAUUCACAAUACUAGGAGGAAGAGAAGAGAUGGGCUCUGCGAGCAGGGCUUCUUUGGUUGUGGCAGCGAGCGUGGGGGCAGUGGAAGCUCUCAAGGACCAAGCAGGGCUGUGCCGAUGGAACUAUGCCAUCAGGUCUCUAAACCAUCAGGCGAAGAACAGCAUGGAUUCCUUCUCUCAGGCCAGGAGGAUGUCUUCUUCUUCUUCUUCUAAUAUUGAUAGGAGGAAAGGAAGGGAAAGGGUUGAUGAGAAGGCCAAGCGAUGCGAGGAGUCGCUGAAUAAAGUCAUGUACUUGAGCUGUUGGGGUCCCAACUAGAAAUUUUAGAAGCAGGGGAGAUGCAAAACUUGCAACUGCUCUCUAUUGAGCCUCUGUUAUGGUCUCUUUGACACAUUUAACUAUAAAUUUGACUGCAUACGCCUAUUGUUUCAAUCAAGCCUUGAGAUUCUUCGCUUUUGGUUUGAACCAUAUGGAUGUAUUGUAGUCUUGGUAGGAAAAAGAAAAGAAAAAAAGAAGAAGGGAACCCUGUUCACUGGGUGCCAAAAGCUGAAGUUGGUUGAAGCAUUAGUCUUCAGAAUAAUGUCUUAUUCAACAUAAUAGAAUAAGAUUUCAGAAAGAAA